UAUUUUCGUCGAUAUUUUCCAGCUGUCAAAGUCGCUCGUCGGUCUUUUCGUUCAUGUGUGCUUCUAGCAUCAGCAUUUUGUAAAAUCUGUAAUUCGCUGCUAAACAGUUAGAAUAUUGCUUAAAACAAGUGAAUUUACUCAGAAACUAAUCACAAAAUGCAACCACAAAUUGUUCUGUUGAAGGAAGGCACUGACACCUCUCAGGGAAAGCCUCAGCUGAUAUCCAACAUCAACGCCUGCCAAUCGAUCGUAGAUGCUGUUCGCACAACCCUCGGUCCCCGUGGAAUGGAUAAGCUGAUUGUCGAGAACAAUGGCAAGGCGACAAUCUCCAACGAUGGCGCUACUAUUAUGAAGCUCCUCGAUAUUGUGCACCCAGCGGCCAAAACAUUGGUGGACAUCGCCAAGUCCCAGGACGCCGAGGUAGGCGAUGGCACCACCAGCGUUGUGUUGCUGGCCGGUGAGUUUCUCAAGCAGUUGAAGCCAUUCGUCGAGGAGGGUGUUCAUCCGAGGAUCAUCAUCAAGGCAGUGCGAAAAACGCUGAGCUUGUGUAUCGCCAGGAUCAAUGAGUUGGCCUUCAAGAUCGAAAAGCACGACAACGAAAAGCACCGUGCCUUGCUGGAGAAGUGUGCCGCCACGGCAAUGAAUUCCAAGCUUAUCCAUCAGCAGAAAGAUUUCUUCUCGAAAAUGGUUGUCGACGCUGUGACCACGUUGGAUGUUCUUCUGCCACUGAACAUGAUCGGUAUCAAGAAAGUGACCGGUGGUGCCCUGGAAGACUCGAUGCUAAUCGACGGUGUAGCUUUCAAGAAGACCUUCUCAUAUGCUGGAUUCGAAAUGCAGCCGAAAUCCUAUGACAAUGUGAAGAUCGCUCUUCUGAACAUCGAGCUUGAACUGAAGGCCGAGCGCGACAAUGCCGAGGUUCGUGUGGACAACGUUCAGGAGUAUCAAAAGGUCGUUGAUGCUGAGUGGCAGAUCCUUUACGACAAAUUGGAGAAAAUUCACAAAUCUGGGGCGCAGGUCGUUCUCUCCAAAUUGCCCAUUGGUGAUGUGGCUACUCAAUACUUUGCUGAUAGGGAUAUGUUCUGCGCUGGGCGCGUCCAAGAAGAGGAUCUCAAACGGACACUGAAGGCAUGUGGAGGAGCUGUAAUGACCACCGUUCAGGACAUCGACGACAAGGUUCUCGGAACGUGUGCUCACUUUGAAGAACGUCAAGUCGGUGGCGAGCGGUUCAACAUCUUCCAAGGUUGCCCGAAUGCUAAAACGUGUACCCUGAUUCUGCGUGGCGGUGCUGAGCAGUUCUUGGAAGAGACCGAACGGUCUCUGCACGAUGCAAUCAUGAUCGUAAGGCGCACCAUUCGUAAUGAUUCGGUCGUAGCCGGUGGCGGCGCCAUUGAAAUGGAGCUAUCGAAAAUGCUACGUGAUUAUUCGCGAACAAUUGCCGGCAAGGAACAGCUGUUGAUUGGUGCACUGGCUAAAGCUCUGGAGAUCAUUCCUCGUCAACUGUGCGAUAAUGCCGGUUUUGAUGCUACCAAUAUUUUGAACAAACUACGACAGAAGCAUGCUCAAGGUUGUCAAUGGUAUGGAGUGGACAUUCUCAAAGAACACAUUGCGGACAACUUUGAAGCAUUCGUCUGGGAACCGUCUGUAAUCAAAAUCAACGCAUUAACAGCUGCCUGCGAAGCUUGUUGCAUGAUCCUUUCGGUAGACGAAACCAUCAAGAGUCCCAAAUCCGGCGGCGGUGAAAUGCCACAAGCUCCUAUGGGGCGCGGCAUGGGACGUCCUUUCUAAAGGAAAUAAAUAGAACUAUCUAUUUAAGCUCAGUUUGUAGCGUCUUCUAAACUUAAAUCGUCGUAUCUUUACUUUUUAUUUGAAUCACAUCAAAACGGAUCGCUCCCAUCUUAUCUUAGACACCCUAAUGCUUUAGCAUCAAAUAUCGUUUGUUAAUAUCCUUCAGUGUUUCUUUCAUACAUACUCAAGUGCAUUGCAUUGUAUUAACAUAUUUCUAACGUACGCUUUAUCACCAGUAACGGCUUUGAAAAAUAAACAACAAACACAUUGAAAAACAGUAAUCAUAAAAUAAAACGGAAUCGCGCAUAUUGAUGAUUGCACAUUUUCUGAACAA